AUGGCAGACCAGUUUACCUCUGUACAAUGGGAAGAUGGUGAGAAUAUUAGUCACUCAAUCUCCAAUAAUACUGGAGCAGACAAAACACAAACGCAGCCAAAUGUGCAUUCUGAUGGAGAAUCAAUAAAUCAGAGCACACCGACCUCCUCUUCGCCGAUUGGAAACAAUUCGAUUCUCAAUGACAACCAGCGGGAAGAAAAUCCAUUUGGUAUAUUGAGAAAUUCAAGUAAGAACACCCUUGGGUUGGAGAAUAAUAGUAAAGAACUCGAAGGGAGUGGAUUGAUCACACAGACAAUGAUUCUUGGUUCAGAAACAGAGACAACACAAACAACUAGUCAUGACAAUGCUAACGAAGAGCAACUGAAAAGUGAACAAGCAAGUCUAGGAAGUAUUGAUCACUUAAAUGGACCAACAAAAGGAGAUGAAUAUUCCGCUUCAACUUCUCAAACCAAUGAGACAUUCAAUGCCGUCACUGAACCGCUGCAUUUUAAGCUAAUUGUUGAAGUCACCGAUCCAGUAACUGAGCAUGAAGGUUCAAACACAUUCACCAAUUACCAUCUAAAAGUUGAAACAGAUAGUAAAAAGUUGUCCAGUACUAAUUACACUAUUGUCCGUCGCUAUUCAGAUUUCGACACCUUAUUCAAAUGCUUAUCAUAUGAUUUCCCAACCGUAUUAAUUCCUCCCCUACCUAAUAAGCAGCGGUUGAAAUACAUAAAGGGAGGCAGGUUUACUGAAGAGUUUGUUGUGAAACGUUGCAACUCCUUGAACAUAUUCAUGCAGAGAGUCACUAAACACGAAAUCUUAAGGAAUAGUGAUGUUUUGAUGAUUUUCUUGGAGAAUUCACAAUACUGGCACACCUAUAAAUCCAACUUAAACUUCAACGAGACAAAUAUAACACAUGCAAACUCAGGUGUUGAAGGGUUCACAGAAUUUUUGAUGAAUUCCUUUAAGAAACCGACAAUGGAAAGUAAAUACACCAAAAAUUUCAAAGAAAUUGAAAGUCAACGAAUCAAAUUACAGGAGAACUUGAAUAAGAUUGAUAAGAUAUAUGGAAAAGUGAUAAAUAAACAAGAAAGCAUAUCCAAAGAGUUGAAUGGUAUUGGUGAUGAAUUUAAUAAGUUAACCAUAUUACUAAAUAAUGAUUUUAAUGGGAAGUUUAGAGAAGAGGAGAAUUUGGAUAAAGGUACCAAAGAACUAGUUAUGCAAUUUAAAGUUUUCUCUGAGAAUUUGAAAAAAGUAGGUGGGAAUUAUCAUGAUUUGAACAAAUAUAUUGAAUUCAACUACAUUAACGGCUUGAAGGAUCUUGAGCAUUACUUGAUAUCACUUGGAAAUCUAAUCAAACUGAAAGACAACAAAAUAAUCGAUUAUGAGAUGCUAAACAACUACCUUGAAAAAACCGUCACCGAGAAAGAGAACUUGGAAAAUGGGGGUUCUUUGACAUCAACAACCGAAGGUACGAUAUCAUAUCUAAGUAGAAAGUUCGAAACUCUAACGGGAUUGAAAAAUACCUCGCCGCCAAAUGAUCCACAUCUUUCAACCAACGAUUCAACUAAUAAAAGUUUGAUUGACGAUCGCAUUAGGAAGUUGAACUCCAGAAUCGAGUUGUUGGAAAAGGAAAGGGAGAAUGCUAAACAAGUGUACACACGGUAUGAGUUGGACCUCCUUAAGGAAUGGAACCAAUUUAAAUCUAUCAAAGAUUAUGAGAUAGUUGAAUCGUUGGGUCACUUGAGUGAUCAAUAUAUCAAGCUUUACUCAGAAUCGUAUGAGAAGUGGGAAAAGCUCCAAUUGAAUGACACAAAGUUGGAGAUGCCCAAUAAGUUGACCGACGAAGGUAAGGAAGAGUAUUUCGGUAACAAUGUUGUGCUUCAAAAUGAUGAGGAGAUAAAAAAUAUGCUACACGGUGUAGAACUAUAG